UACACGAGUCAAUCCUUGGACGAACACAAUUCCGUUUCUAAAAUCGCUCCGAAAAAUCACCGUAUUUUUUGCCUGUAAACGUGAAACAGUAUUAUAAUUCGGUUAUUUUGAGCUUGAUUGGAGUACCCAAACCUCAAAUAUGGAGAAUGAUGCUGAAUCUGUGAGGAAAAUAGGAAAUAUUCUGAAUGAUCAAAACCAGCAGCUCGCCGAACGAUUCCGUGCUCUUUUCACAUUGCGUAACAUUGGAGGAGAGACUGCGAUCGAAUGCAUCGGGAAAUCCUUUUCUGAUCCGUCUUCAUUAUUGAAGCACGAAAGUGCAUAUUGUCUUGGACAGAUGCAAGAUCAAAGAGCGAUUCCUUUGCUUACAAGUGUGUUAGAAGAUGAUACACAAGAGACAAUUGUCAGACAUGAAGCCGGUGAAGCUCUCGGUGCAAUAGGAUUACCCAGUUCUAUUGAGGUCUUGAAGAAGUAUGAACACCAUCCUGUACAGGAGAUAUCAGAGACCUGUCAGCUUGCCCUCCAGCGGAUCGAGUGGCAGACGAGUCAGCGAAAGGCAGAAGAGGAAUCGCGUCUCAGACCCAACCCUUUCAACUCCGUAGACCCCGCACCUCCUGCAGUAGAGACCAGUGUAGCUAACCUAAAAGAGACCCUCCUGGACCAGGGUCAACCUCUGUUUGCAAGAUAUCGAGCCAUGUUUGCCUUGAGGAAUCUCAAUACAGAAGAGUCGGUUCUUGCUCUUGCUGCAGGACUGAAGUGCGAGGACAGCGCCCUCUUCCGUCACGAGAUUGCGUAUGUUCUGGGACAGAUGCAGCACGAGGCCAGCAUCCCACAGCUACAGGAACAGCUUGCCAAGGUGUCCGAAGACCCCAUGGUCAGGCACGAGUGUGCGGAAGCCCUUGGCUCUAUUGCUGCGGAGAAGUGUUUGGAGACACUCCAGGGUUACGUGAAGGAUGAAGCGAGGGUGGUCAGAGAGAGCUGUAUCAUCGCCCUGGACAUGUGCGAUCAUGAGAACAGCAACGAUUUCCAGUACGCCAACACUCUCGGGAAGUUGAAGGAUAACGUCCAGGAAGAGCAGGUGGAGUCAUGAUGACGAGAGAAAUAAAAAAAACUUUAGAAUAAUUUUUUGUUUAGUUUCCUGCUUAUCCUCCAGCAUCUUAUGAAGUGAUCCUACAACAAAAAGAUAUUUGUCACUCAGACAUUCUCGUGAUAUAUUAAAGAAAGGACAAUCAUCAAUCACUUCGGACUAGAGGAACAAGACAUUUUUUUUGAGAACUAGGAUUCUAUUUCUCCUAUUUCAGUUUAUACCUAUUAAUAUUACCAGUAACUUUGCCAAAGUUAAAUCUUUUGAGAAACCACUUAUGGAGUUCAACUUAAAACAGGUAUAGCGUGGGGGUGUUUCACAAAGGGUUAAGUAUGACUUAGAGUUGCGCGUACGGUAUGAAAGGCUUGACCAGAUUGUGUCAAGAGGAUGCGCACUACUGCGUAUCUAUAAAUGAGAUCACACGUUGCACAUUGUGUAUGCGUCGGCAUUUACAUUAAGUGCAACUUAAGUCGUACUUAAAUCUUUGUGAAACACCCCCCUGGUCUAAUAGAAUUGCUUUGACUUGAGCACAUUUGACUUAUAGAUCCAUUUAUGCAUGUUCACCUGUGUCAAGUCAAAUAGCAAUUUAUAUGUACAUUUGACCUUGGUCAUUUUUUUAGCCAGCUUAUUGCAUGUAAAUUAUAUUUUUAUUUAUAAAUUCUUGUGGGAGUACUGUAUGGACAAGUAACUUCACAAAAAAGAUUAUUUUAAAAAUGUACAAUGUAUACUCUCAAAGAUCAGAGAUCUAAGCACCGUAACGAAAGUCAGAGCCUUGUCUUUCACAUGGAAAUCUUGCAAGCAUCUUUCCUUCCUUGCAUUCAUAAUAGACGAAAGAAAUCAGGAAUAUGGGGAAGGCUCUCUGAAAGAUGCAUAAGCCUUUGAAUCUCAGUUUCAUGGUCUUGUGUAUCCCUCACAGAACUCAUGGCAUUCCCGAUUAAAUUGUCUAUUAUCAAAUUGGACCUUCUUAGCACUGACAAGACACUAUGGAUUCCUACCUGAAAGACGCUGCCCUCAAUUUUAGUAAGGUGCCAAAAUUGUUCAGUUCCAUUGUAUUCUUGUUUUUAUCAGCAAUGAGGGGUCAUUACUGAACCAUUGGUGGUUACAGUAAUUUUGUAGUUGGUACAUGUAGCUCUCUUGCAGAUAAGGUUCAUUGAAUUACUGUUGGUCAAUGUUGGCAUGGUCUUUAAAGGACAAGUCCACCCCAACAAAAAC